CAACACCAACAACACCAACAACGUCAACAACAACUAAGACUACAACAACUACACCCCCAGCUAGUGAGGCAGACGUAAUGGCAGACGCCGCUCAAGCCAACGGCCAUUCUAAUGGCAAUGCCAACGGCAAUGGUCACGCCGCUAAUCCCAUGGAGCCCGGCCAGGCUGGCCAGGUGGUGGAGACAGCAGCACUGCCACCGCCCACUGGCAAUGUGGCAGCUGAUGCAGGCGUCAUUGCUGGUGGCGAUGCUGGCGGCGUUGCCGGCCAAAAUACCGCCGGUGAUGCUGUCGAUGAUGCGGCCACUGAUGCUGGCGCCAGCUCAUUGCCGCCAUCGGAAAUUGGUGGCCGUCCGCCACUGGAUACGGCCUGCUCAGAUGGCGGUGGCGUCUCCAGUUUGGCUGGUGGCAUUGUGGGACCACCGAGUCCCUUAACUGGCUGCUAUCUGCUCAUUGUGAUGGGCGAGCCGCAUUCCGAGGAGCACAAGGACAACAUUUUGCAGCAUUUGCUUAAGGGUUUCCUUUCUUGGGACGUUUCCGAUUGUCAUGUCGACUUGGAAGAGGAGCUCAAUACAAUUACACAACAUGCACCCGAGGGCGAGGAGGCGCGUCACGGCGAGCGACUCAUACAGUAUGCCAGUGAGAAUCUUGUGACGGAGGUGCUCAUACAUCCCCAAUACAAUACUCUAAUACAGUGUAUGCGUAAUCUGCUCAGCAGUUUUACGAGGCAUCGUCACAUUAUACACGCUGGGUAUACCUUCAGCGGCAACGGUUCUUGGAUACUACAGGAUGGCACCUUCUCGGUGGCUGACUUUGCGGAAGCAUUUCAAGAGCACGACGUACAACGAGUGAUACGCGCCUAUGCGGAUACCAUAACGAUGAAUAUACACUGUGCCGAUGCUGGCCUAUGGCACACACUGCCGGAUAAGGUGUUUGCACGACAUUGUAAAAUACGCAUAAAUCCGGUUGAUGUGCUGGACACCAGCAGCGAAUAUAUCAAUGGCUUUAUAGAUUAUUUGGCACCAAUGGUGGUGCCAACCUCAUUGCGUGAGUUGCUGGAGACGUCGGAUGUGGUGGGCAACAUACGCUUUACGCAUCCCACGCUCUACGUCUUUCCGGGUGGUCAGGGUGAUGCCGCCCUCUUUGGGAUAAAUGGCUUUAACAUGUUGGUUGAUGGCGGUUUUAAUCGCAAGGCUUGCUUCUGGGACUUUGCGAGACAUUUGGAUCGCCUCGAUGCGGUGCUGAUGACACGUCUGAAUAACAGCAAUGUGCAGGGACUUGGAGCUGUGGUGGCGCGGAAGCGAGACUCUCAUGUCUAUCCACAGAUUGGACACUUUUUCGGUAACGUUCCCGACCGUAAGGGUGGUCUGCCCAGUCCCGAUGGUGAUAAGGAUCGCAAUCCACUGCUCAUUGAUCUCUUUGAGCGUGGCCAUGGCCUGGUCAGUGAUCUCAAAACCCUUGACCUGAAGCCGCAGUGUUGCUAUCGUAACCAGGAGCCGAUCAAUCUGUAUCACAAGGUUGGCCACGGCACCCUCGACAUGUAUGUGAUAAGCCCCUCACGUGAUUCCAAAGAGGUCAAGGACUUUAUGCAAAAGUGGAACUCGGGUGACCAGCGUCUGUUUGCUGCCCGUGACACCAAGGAGUUUAACUUUCCCCUGCAGAAUCUGGUAUCCAUUUGUGCGCUGCUCGUCUGGCAGCCGGCAAAUCCGGAUGAUACCAUAACCCGCAUUCUAUUUCCGGGCAGCACGCCAGACUUCAAGAUCCAGGAGGGUCUAGAGAAACUCAAACAUCUUGAGUUUAUGAAGCACUCUACCUGCACAGCGAAGUCUAUAGCUCCAGCUAUACAAACUGUGACCAGCACACGGAAGACACUUAAAUCUGCCAUUGAGGCGACUCCGCCCAGCGCCAGUUAUAAACCCAGUAAGUUUGGUCCAACUGCUAUAGCAGCUGUGGCUGUGCAGCAGGACAACAAAGCCAAGGAAGCAGCUGCAGCGGCAGCAGCAGCAGCAGCAGUUGCAGCAGCAGCAGCAGCAUUGGUCUCAGCCUCAGCGGAACCACCCAGUGAACAAGUCGACUGGCCAAAUCAACUUGUUAGCGCAAAAGCCGACUCCAUAGACACGGAUGAGCCAGAAGCUGAGCCCGAGCUAGCUGUCGACACGGGUGAUGAGGGAGCGCCAGAGCCAUCCAUGCCCUCAACAGAACCAGCCGAGCAAGAUGACAACAAAGAGGUCGACGACGAAAAGAAGGUGGAGGUGUUAAUUGUAAAGCCAGAGCUGGCUCCAACUGCUCCAACUAAAGAUGCAGUUGAUGCGCCCACAACUGAGAUAACCAGCAAGACAGCGAAGGCUGCCAAGGGUAAACCGGACAAGCCAAGAGCGGAAGUCAAGCCAGUUGUGCGUUCAAGGAUCGAUAGUAAGCCGCCCAAGUCCAUGGAUCGUAAGCUGGUUAAGCGCGAGGAGAAGAAGAGUUCGCCAACGGCCACGCCCGCUGCAAGCCGAACGUCAGCUACGCGUGAUGUCAAGUCGAAGGUGAUUACACGCACCACUAAAUCGAGUCCCAGCAGUACACCAGCCAAGAGUGCCAAGGAGGCCAACAAUCGCAAGGUACUCGAGUCCAAGCAACAAGCGACGGCAGCUCGGCAGAGCGCGGUCGGCACUCGUCGCACCGUUAGCACCGUGGAGAAAAAAUCACAGCAGACGGAGAUGACGAAGUCAACACAGCAGACGACGAUGCAGGCGGCGCAGCGUAAGCCAAUUUCAAGAAGACCACGCGCUGUGUCUCCAUCGAAACGGGCUCCGGCGCCAGGCAGCCCAAUUAAGUCAGCCAAGCCUAAGCCGGAUUUGAAGAAAACUCGUUUGGAUAAGGGUGGCACCACAGACUCCAGCCUGGUAUCGACACCUUCGGCAGAUGAGGCGACAGCAGCCAAAAAGAUGCUGGAGCUAAGCGCCUCGCAAGAGUUGGAUGCGGAAAAGCAGCGGGAACUGGACGAUCUGAAAGAAGAGCAGGAGGUGGUGCGCGAAAUUGAGGCGGUGUUUAGUCGCGACGAGAUGAAGCGACAACACUUGAUCAAGACGGAGAUGCGCGAGAUGGCCAAGCAGGAUAGCACAACGGAGGCCGAGGAGGAGGAGGAAUACCUGAUUAUCGAGAAAGAGGAAGUGGAACAGUACACAGAGGACUCAAUCAUUGAACAGGAACAGGAGAGUAGCAUGACAAAGGAGGAGGAAAUUCAGAAGCAUCAACGCGACUCACAGGAAUCAGAAAAGAAGCGCAAGAAAAGCGCCGAGGAGGAAAUCGAAGCGGCAAUCGCCCGGGCUGAAGCAGAGGAGCGCAAAGCGCGUCUGGAGGGUAGUGAGGCUGCCAGGCAUGAGAUGCACGAACAGCUGCCAACACAUGAGAAAACCGAAAUAAAGGCGGAGGUUCAAGAUAUAAUCGCCACUGCCAAAGACAUUGUCAAGGGUCGCACCGACGACCAACUGCUACAGGCCAAAACCGCCGAGGAUGAGUUGUCUUCUCCCACGCCUGACGAAAAGCUCAGUAGCGCAAAGAAAACAUCUGACACUAAAGACGAGCCAAUUGAAGCCCACGAGGCUUUGCCGUUGAACUUACAAGAGAGUCUUCCAGAGGAGAAAUUCUCAGCCACAAUCGAAUCAGGAGCAACCACAGCGCCUACUUUACCCGAGGACGAGCGCAUACCGCUAGACAAAAUUAAAGAAGAUUUGGUCAUCGAGGAGAAGUAUGUUAAAGAGGAGACCAAAGAAAUUGAAGCCAUUGUCGUGGCUACAGUUGCAGCACCCGUGACAGCUAUGGCAGCUGGUAUAGGCACAAUCGAAUCAAAAAUUAUUGAUACUGCGCCAUUUGCCGCCGGCGUGGAUUCGACCGAUCGUAUUUUACCUAAGAAAAUGACAUUUGAAGCACAACAGAAUCUGAUGCGCGAUGUUAUCAAGACACCCGAUGAGGUUGCCGACUUGCCUGUUCAUGAAGAGGCUGACUUGGGGCUGUACGAAAAGGAUACCCACGAUGCUGGCGCCAAGAGUAUUUCCCACAAGGAAGAGACAGCCAAAGAGGAAAAAGAGACCGAAGAUGAAAAAGAGACCGGAGAACCAGAGACAGCGGAAAUAGCAAUUGACAAACUUGAGUCCAAAGAGGAGAUUUCUGAGAAGAUUAUCGCAAAGCGAGAAGUCAUCGUUAACCUGGAAUCUGUUGAAAAGAAAAGCGAAGAAGCCGUUGUCAAAACAAGUGAAAUCGUUGCUGAGACGACUGUAGCGAGCGAAAAGUUGGACGAAGACCAUGAGCAGCCAGCUCCAAUUGCAAAGAAGUCGGCAAGUACACCAGAUGAGAAAGAAAAGAGCGAGAUAACUUCCGAAGAUGAGUUACCAGCGCACCUUGUGCAACCCACAGUUGCACCAACAAAAGUCAAAGACCGUGAAGAUACAAUAUCUCUAGAGAGCCCCGCCACUAUCGAGGAAGCAAUUGAGGUCGAGAUGCAGGUAUCGCAACAGGAAACCAGAAAGCAAUCUACCAAAAUUGAUGAACAACUAACACAAUCUGAAACGGAUAAAGCAACCCCAAGUGCUUCUAAGGAUGUCUCUCGGCCAGAAUCUGCAGCGGAAAGUGAAAAAGAAACAACUGAAAAACCAGCAAGUGUCAAGGAUGCGAUAUCUAAGGAGCCCUCUCGGCGCGAAUCUGUCGCAGAGACAGCGCCGCCGGAGAUUGUGAAGGACGAUAAGUCAAUACCAACCUCCAAGGAAGUAUCACGACCAGAAUCUAAAGCAGAAAGUAUAAAAGACGACCACGAAAAGCAUGAAAGUGUAAAGGACGAAAGACUUUCAGAGACUCCCCGACGAGAAUCAGUAGCCGACAGUACAAAGCCGGAGAGUCUUAAGGAUGACAAGUCUCUACCUGCCUCAAAAGAAGCAUCGAGACCUGCAUCAGUAGCAGAUAGUGUAAAAGAUAAAUUGGAGAAACAUUUAGGUGAACAAGAUGACAGGUCAGCGGACCCUUCCCGACGGGAAUCUGUUGCUGACAGAAGUAAGCCCGAGAGUCUUAAAGAUGACAAGUCUGCACCACCCUCCAAGGAAGUAUCACGCCCUGCAUCGGCUGCAGAAAGUGUUAAGGAUGAAUCUGAAAAACCUGAAGUUGUUACGGAUGCUCAUUCUAAGGAGCCUUCCCGUCGUGAAUCGGUAGCGGAAAUUAUUAAGCCAGAGAGCGUCAAGGAUGAUAAAUCUGAGUCAGUCUCCAAGGAAGUAUCUCGACCCGGAUCAGUUGUAGAAAGUAUGAAAGAUGAGUUGGAGAAGCCAGGAAGUGUAAAGGACGAAAAGUCUGUAGAGCCUUCUCGCCGUGAAUCGGUUGCAGAGAGUAUUAAGCCCGAGAGUGUGAAGGAUGACAAGUCUGCACCACCCUCCAAGGAAGUAUCACGACCUGCAUCAGUUGCAGAAAGUGUAAAGGAUGAAUCUGAAAAACCUGGAAGUGUAACGGAUGUUCAGUCAAAGGAGCCUUCCCGUCGUGAAUCGGUAGCGGAAAUUAUUAAGCCAGAGAGCGUCAAGGAUGAUAAAUCUGAACCAGUCUCCAAGGAAGUAUCUCGACCCGGAUCAGUUGUAGAAAGUGUGAAAGAUGAGUCCGAGAAGCCAGGAAGUGUAAAGGACGAAAAGUCUGUAGAGCCUUCUCGCCGUGAAUCGGUUGCAGAGAGUAUUAAGCCCGAGAGUGUGAAGGAUGACAAGUCUGCACCACCCUCCAAAGAAGUAUCACGACCUGCAUCUGUUGCAGAAAGUGUUAAGGAUGAAUCUGAAAAACCUGGAAGUGUAACGGAUGUUCAGUCCAAGGAGCCUUCCCGUCGUGAAUCGGUAGCGGAAAUUAUUAAGCCAGAGAGCGUCAAGGAUGAUAAAUCUGAGUCAGUCUCCAAGGAAGUAUCUCGACCCGGAUCAGUUGUAGAAAGUGUGAAAGAUGAGUCCGAGAAGCCAGGAAGUGUAAAGGACGAAAAGUCUGUAGAGCCUUCUCGCCGUGAAUCUGUUGCAGAGAGUAUUAAGCCCGACAGUGUGAAGGAUGACAAGUCUGCACCACCCUCCAAAGAAGUAUCACGACCUGCAUCGGUUGCAGAAAGUGUAAAGGAUGAAUCCGAAAAACCUGGAAGUGUAACAGAUGCUCAGUCUAAGGAGCCUUCCCGUCCUGAACUGGUAGCGGAAAGUAUUAAGCCAGAGAGCGCCAAAGAUGAGAAGUCUGUACCAGUCUCCAAGGAAGUAUCUCGAUCCGGGUCAGUUGCAGAAAUUGUGAAAGACAUGUCUGAAAAACCAGAAAGUGUGAAGGACGAAAAGUCUGUAGAGCCUUCUCGCCGUGAAUCUGUUGCAGAGAGUAUCAAGCCCGAGAGCGUGAAGGAUGACAAGUCCUCACCACCCUCCAAGGAAGUAUCACGACCUGCAUCGGUUGCAGAAAGUGUAAAGGAUGAAUCUGAAAAACCUGGAAGUGUAACGGAUGCUCAGUCUAAGGAGCCUUCCCGUCCUGAAUCGGUAGCGGAAAGUAUUAAGCCGGAGAGCGCCAAAGAUGAGAAGUCUGUACCAGUCUCCAAGGAAGUAUCUCGAUCCGGAUCAGUUGUAGAAAGUGUGAAAGAUGAGUCCGAGAAGCCAGGAAGUGUAAAGGACGAAAAGUCUGUAGAGCCUUCUCGCCGUGAAUCUGUUGCAGAGAGUAUUAAGCCCGAGAGUGUGAAGGAUGACAAGUCUGCACCAUCAUCCAAGGAAGUAUCACGACCUGCAUCGGUUGCAGAAAGUGUAAAGGAUGAAUCCGAAAAACCUGGAAGUGUAACGGAUGCUCAGUCUAAGGAACCUUCCCGUCGUGAAUCGGUAGCGGAAAGUAUUAAGCCAGAGAGCGCCAAAGAUGAGAAGUCUGUACCAGUCUCCAAGGAAGUAUCUCGAUCCGGGUCAGUUGCAGAAAUUGUGAAAGACAAGUCUGAGAAACCAGAAAGUGUGAAGGACGAAAAGUCUGUAGAGCCUUCUCGCCGUGAAUCUGUUGCAGAGAGUAUUAAGCCCGAGAGUGUGAAGGAUGACAAGUCUGCACCACCAUCCAAGGAAGUAUCACGACCUGCAUCGGUUGCAGAAAGUGUAAAGGAUGAAUCUGAAAAACCUGGAAGUGUAACGGAUGCUCAGUCUAAGGAGCCUUCCCGUCCUGAAUCGGUAGUGGAAAGUAUUAAGCCAGAGAGCGCCACAGAUGAGAAGUCUUUACCAGUCUCCAAGGAAGUAUCUCGACCCGGGUCAGUUGCAGAAAGUGUGAAAGACGAGUCUGAGAAACCAGAAAGUGUGAAGGACGAAAAAUCCACAGAGACUUCGCGCCGUGAAUCUGUUGCAGAGAGAAUUAAGCCCGUCAGUGCGAAGGAUGACAAGUCUGCACCACCCUCCAAAGAAGUAUCACGACCUGCAUCGGUUGCAGAAAGUGUAAAGGAUGAAUCCGAAAAACCUGGAAGUGUAACGGAUGCUCAGCUUGAGGAGCCUUCCCGUCGUGAAUCGGUAGCGGAAAGUAUUAAGCCAGAGAGCGCCAAAGAUGAGAAGUCUGUACCAGUCUCCAAGGAAGUAUCUCGAUCCGGGUCAGUUGCAGAAAUUGUGAAAGACAAGUCUGAGAAACCAGAAAGUGUGAAGGACGAAAAGUCUGUAGAGCCUUCUCGCCGUGAAUCUGUUGCAGAGAGUAUUAAGCCCGAGAGUGUGAAGGAUGACAAGUCUGCACCACCAUCCAAGGAAGUAUCACGACCUGCAUCGGUUGCAGAAAGUGUAAAGGAUGAAUCUGAAAAACCUGGAAGUGUAACGGAUGCACAGUUUAAGGAGUCUUCCCGUCGUGAAUCGGUAACUGAAAUUAUUAAGACAGAGAGCGUCAAGGAUGAUAAAUCUGAACCAGAGUCUAAGGAAGUAUCUCGAUCAGAGUCAGUUGUAGAAAGUGUGAAAGACGAGUCUGAAAUGCAAGGAAGUGUGAAGGACGAAAAGUCCACAGAGCCUUCUCGCCGUGAAUCGGUUGCAGAGAGUAUUAAACCCGAGAGUGUGAAGGAUGAGAAGUCUGCACCACCCUCCAAAGAAGUAUCACGACCUGCAUCUGUUGCAGAAAGUGUAAAGGAUGAAUCCGAAAAACCUGGAAGUGUAACGGAUGCACAGUCUAAGGAGCCUUCCCGUCCUGAAUCGGUAGCAGAAAUUAUUAAGCCAGAGAGCGCCAAAGAUGAGAAGUCUUUACCAGUCUCCAAGGAAGUAUCUCGACCCGGUUCAGUUGCAGAAAGUGUGAAAGACGAGUCUGAAAUGCCAGGAAGUGUGAAGGACGAAAAGUCUGUAGAGCCUUCUCGCCGUGAAUCGGUUGCAGAGAGUACUAAACCCGAGAGUGUGAAGGAUGGCAAGUCUGCACCACCCUCCAAAGAAGUAUCACGACCUGCAUCUGUUGCAGAAAGUGUAAAGGAUGAAUCCGAAAAACCUGGAAGUGUAACGGAUGCACAGUCUAAGGAGCCUUCCCGUCCUGAAUCGGUAGCAGAAAUUAUUAAGCCAGAGAGCGCCAAAGAUGAGAAGUCUUUACCAGUGUCCAAGGAAGUAUCUCGAGCCGGAUCAGUUGUAGAAAGUGUGAAAGACGAGUCUGAGAAACCAGGAAGUGUGAAGGACGAAAAGUCCACAGAGCCUUCUCGCCGUGAAUCGGUUGCAGAGAGUAUUAAACCCGAGAGUGUGAAGGAUGAGAAGUCUGCACCACCCUCCAAAGAAGUAUCACGACCUGCAUCUGUUGCAGAAAGUGUAAAGGAUGAAUCCGAAAAACCUGGAAGUGUAACGGAUGCACAGUCUAAGGAGCCUUCCCGUCCUGAAUCGGUAGCAGAAAUUAUUAAGCCAGAGAGCGCCAAAGAUGAGAAGUCUUUACCAGUGUCCAAGGAAGUAUCUCGACCCGGAUCAGUUGUAGAAAGUGUGAAAGACGAGUCUGAGAAACCAGGAAGUGUGAAGGACGAAAAGUCCACAGAGACUUCUCGCCGUGAAUCUGUUGCAGAGAGUAUUAAGCCCGAGAGUGUGAAGGAUGACAAGGCUGCGCCACCCUUCAAGGAAGUAUCAAGACCUGCAUCAGUUGUAGAAAGUGUGAAAGACGAGUCUGAGAAACCAGGAAGUGUGAAGGACGAAAAGUCCACAGAGCCUUCUCGCCGUGAAUCGGUUGCAGAGAGUAUUAAACCCGAGAGUGUGAAGGAUGAGAAGUCUGCACCACCCUCCAAAGAAGUAUCACGACCUGCAUCUGUUGCAGAAAGUGUAAAGGAUGAAUCCGAAAAACCUGGAAGUGUAACGGAUGCUCAGUCUAAGGAGUCUUCCCGUCGUGAAUCGGUAGCGGAAAUUAUUAAGCCAGAGAGCGUCAAAGAUGAGAAGUCUCUACCAGUCUCCAAGGAAGUAUCUCGACCAGUGUCAGUUGCAGAAAGUGUGAAAGACGAGUCUGAGAAACCAGAAAGUGUGAAGGACGAAAAGUCCACAGAGCCUUCUCGCCGUGAAUCGGUUGCAGAGAGUACUAAACCCGAGAGUGUGAAGGAUGACAAGUCUGCACCACCCUCCAAGGAAGUAUCACGACCUGCAUCGGUUGCAGAAAGUGUAAAGGAUGAAUCCGAAAAACCUGGAAGUGUAACGGAUGCACAGUCUAAGGAGUCUUCCCGUCGUGAAUCGGUAACUGAAAUUAUUAAGCCAGAGAGCGUCAAGGAUGAUAAAUCUGAACCAGUCUCCAAGGAAGUAUCUCGACCAGUGUCAGUUGUAGAAAGUGUGAAAGACGAGUCUGAGAAGCCAGGAAGUGUGAAGGACGAAAAGUCUGUAGAGCCUUCUCGCCGUGAAUCGGUUGCAGAGAGUAUUAAGCCCGACAGUGUGAAGGAUGACAAGUCUGCACCACCCUCCAAGGAAGUAUCACGUCCUGCAUCUGUUGCAGAAAGUGUAAAGGAUGAAUCCGAAAAACCUGGAAGUGUAACGGAUGCUCAUUCUAAGGAGCCUUCCCGUCCUGAAUCGGUAGCAGAAAUUAUUAAGCCAGAGAGCGCCAAGGAUGAGAAGUCUUUACCAGUCUCCAAGGAAGUAUCUCGACCCGGAUCAGUUGUAGAAAGUGUGAAAGACGAGUCUGAGAAACCAGGAAGUGUGAAGGACGAAAAGUCCACAGAGACUUCUCGCCGUGAAUCUGUUGCAGAGAGUAUUAAGCCCGACAGUGCGAAGGAUGACAAGUCUGCACCACCCUCCAAAGAAGUAUCACGGCCUGCAUCGGCUGCAGACGAAAAGUCCACAGAGACUUCUCGCCGUGAAUCUGUUGCAGAGAGUAUUAAGCCCGACAGUGCGAAGGAUGACAAGUCUGCACCACCCUCCAAAGAAGUAUCACGGCCUGCAUCGGCUGCAGAAAGUGUUAAGUAUGAAUCUGAAAAACCUGGAAGUGUUACGGAUGCUCAGUCUAAGGAACCUUCCCGUCCUGAAUCGGUAGCGGAAGGUAUUAAGCCGGAGAGCGUCAAAGAUGAGAAGUCUCUACCAGUCUCCAAGGAAGUAUCUCGACCCGGAUCAGUUGCAGAAAGUGUGAAAGACGAGUCUGAAAUGCCAGGAAGUGUGAAGGACGAAAAGUCUGUAGAGCCUUCUCGCCGUGAAUCUGUUGCAGAGAAUAUUAAGCCCGAGAGUGUGAAGGAUGACAAGUCUGCACCACCCUCCAAGGAAGUAUCACGGCCUGCAUCGGUUGCAGACAGUGUUAGAGACGAAUCUGACAAACCUGGAAGUGUUACGCAUGCUCAUUCUAAGGAGCCUUCCCGUCGUGAAUCGGUAGCGGAAAUUAUAAAGCCAGAGAGCGUCAAGGAUGAUAAAUCUGAGUCAGUCUCCAAGGAAGUAUCACGACCUGCAUCGGUUGCAGAAAGUGUUAAAGACGAAUCUGAUAAACCUGAAAGUGUAACGGAUGCUCAGUCUAAGGAGUCUUCCCGUCGUGAAUCGGUAGCGGAAAUUAUUAAGCCAGAGAGCGUCAAAGAUGAGAAGUCUCUACCAGUCUCCAAGGAAGUAUCUCGACCAGUGUCAGUUGCAGAAAGUGUGAAAGACGAAUCUGAGAAACCAGGAAGUGUGAAGGACGAAAAGUCCACAGAGCCUUCUCGCCGUGAAUCUGUUGCAGAGAGUAUUAAGCCCGAGAGUGUGAAGGAUGACAAGUCUGCACCACCCUCCAAGGAAGUAUCACGGCCUGCAUCAGUUGCAGAAAGUGUAAAGGAUGAAUCCGAAAAACCUGGAAGUGUAACGGAUGCUCAGCUUGAGGAGUCUUCCCGUCGUGAAUCGGUAGCGGAAAUUAUAAAGCCAGAGAGCGUCAAGGAUGAUAAAUCUGAACCAGUGUCCAAGGAAGUAUCUCGACCCGGAUCAGUUAUAGAAAGUGUGAAAGACGAGUCUGAGAAACCAGGAAGUGUGAAGGACGAAAAGUCUGUAGAGCCUUCUCGCCGUGAAUCUGUUGCAGAGAGUCUUAAGCCCGAGAGUGAGAAGGAUGACAAGUCCUCAACACCCUCCAAGGAAGUAUCACAACCUGCAUCGGUUGCAGAAAGUGUAAAGGAUGAAUCUGAAAAACCUGGAAGUGUUACGGAUGCUCAGUCUGAGGAACCUACCCAUCCUGAAUCGGUAGCCGAAAGUAUAAAGCCAGAUAGCGCCAAAGAUGAGAAGUCUCUACCAGUCUCCAAGGAAGUAUCUCGACCUGGAUCAGUAGUAGAAAGUGUGAAAGACGAGUCUGAGAAACCAGAAAGUGUGAAGGACGAAAAGUCUGUAGAGCCUUCUCGCCGUGAAUCUGUUGCAGAGAGUAUUAAGCCGGAAAGUGUGAAGGAUGACAAGUCCUCACCACCCUCCAAGGAAAUAUCACGCCCUACAUCGGUUGCAGAAAGUGUAAAGGAUGAAUCUGAAAAGCCUGGAAGUGUUACGGAUGCUCAUUCUAAGGAGCCUUCCCGUCGUGAAUCGGUAGCGGAAAUUAUAAAGCCAGAGAGCAUCAAGGAUGAUAAAUCUGAACCAGUCUCCAAGGAAGUAUCUCGACCCGGAUCAGUAGUAGAAAGUGUUAAGGAUGAAUCUGAAAAACCUGAAGUUGUUACGGAUGUUCAUUCUAAGGAGCCUUCCCGUCGUGAAUCGGUAGCGGAAAUUAUUAAGCCAGAGAGCGUCAAGGAUGAUAAAUCUGAGUCAGUCUCCAAAGAAGUAUCUCGACCCGGAUCAGUAGUAGAAAGUGUGAAAGACGAGUCUGAGAAACCAGGAAGUGUGAAGGACGAAAAGUCCACAGAGCCUUCUCGCCGUGAAUCUGUUGCAGAGAGCAUUAAGCCCGAGAGUGUGAAGGAUGACAAGUCUGCACCACCCUCCAAAGAAGUAUCACGACCUGCAUCUGUUGCAGAAAGUGUUAAAGACGAAUCUAAAAAACCUGGAAGUGUAACGGAUGCACAGUCUAAGGAGCCUUCCCGUCCUGAAUCAGUAGCGGAAAUUAUUAAGCCAGACAGCAUCAAGGAUGAUAAAUCUGAACCAGUCUCCAAGGAAGUAUCUCGACCCGGGUCAGUUGCAGAAAGUGUUAAGGAUGAAUCUGAAAAACCUGAAGUUGUUACGGAUGUUCAUUCUAAGGAGCCUUCCCGUCGUGAAUCGGUAGCGGAAAUUAUUAAGCCAGAGAGCGUCAAGGAUGAUAAAUCUGAGUCAGUCUCCAAAGAAGUAUCUCGACCCGGAUCAGUAGUAGAAAGUGUGAAAGACGAGUCUGAGAAACCAGGAAGUGUGAAGGACGAAAAGUCUGUAGAGCCUUCUCGCCGUGAAUCAGUUGCAGAGAGUCUUAAGCCCGAGAGUGAGAAGGAUGACAAGUCCUCACCACCCUCCAAAGAAGUAUCACGACCUGCAUCGGCUGCAGAAAGUGGUAAAGACGAAUCUAAAAAACCUGGAAGUGUAACGGAUGCACAGUCUAAGGAGCCUUCCCGUCCUGAAUCAGUAGCGGAAAUUAUUAAGCCAGACAGCAUCAAGGAUGAUAAAUCUGAACCAGUCUCCAAGGAAGUAUCUCGACCCGGGUCAGUUGCAGAAAGUGUGAAAGACGAGUCUGAGAAACCAGGAAGUGUGAAGGACGAAAAGUCCACAGAGCCUUCUCGCCGUGAAUCUGUUGCAGAGAGUAUUAAGACCGAAAGUGUGAAGGAUGACAAGUUCUCACCACCCUCCAAGGAAGUAUCACAACCUGCAUCGGUUGCAGAGAGUGUAAAGGACGAUUCUGAAAAACCUGGAAGUGCUAAAGGUACUGAUCCCGAGAGCGACAAAGACGAUAAAUCUCUUCCAGUCUCAAAAGAGGUAUCACGGCCCGGAUCAGUAGUAGAAUGUGUGAAAGACGAGUCUGAGAAGCCUGAAAGUGUGCAGGUUGAUAAGUCUAAGGAACCAUCUCGUCGUGAGUCCGUUGCAGAAACAUCAGUCCGAGCAACAAAGGAACCGGAAUCUGUUGGUGAUAGCAAAGAAGAUUUGGACACUGAACACAAAAGUAAAAUUGAAUCGUCCGACGGAGUUCUGGACGUUAAAUUGCUAAGUGAAUCAAAGGAUAUUAUAAACCUAGAAAUUGUUGCCCAAACAGCGUCUUCCUUUAUUGACAAAGCAAUUAGCUACUUCGAGCAUGCUGAUGUGGUGCAAAAGAAAACUGAUGAGGCUAUAAGCGAUUUUGAGACAGCAUCUAGCCCCGUUGACGUUGCCGAGGGUGUCUUUGCACAUAUAGAAUCUGAGAAGACACAAAGUGUUAAAGACGAGAUUUCUAAAGAACCUUCUCGUCGCGAGUCGGUAACUGAAGGCUCAAAUGCAGAGAGUCCAAAAGAUGUAAGAUCCCCAACCGAAACGGCAUCUUCACCAAUUGACGAAGCUAAAGAUUUCACAGUUUUCAAAGAUAUUAAAAAAGAGACACUUGUGCUAUCUUUGGAAUCGAAGGGAGAUUUCCCAACUCUUUCAAGCCCUAUUGAAGUUGCCGCAGGUGACUUUAGCUCCGCAAUUGAAAUUUCUACAUCUGAGCCUCUUGCACCAUCAAAGCCGGCAGAACUUUCUGAAGUUAGUACAUCAAGAACUGCUUCCAGCCCAGUUGAUGAAGCACCUCGUUCCCCUAUUGAAAAACCAGAAAAGGAAAAAUCAGAGGAGGAAAGUGUAAAGUCUCCACCAGCUUCAAAAGAAGUAUCACGGCCCGAAUCUGUGGCAGGCAGUAUAAAAGACGAAUCUGAGAAGCCCGAAAGUGUUCAAAGUGAAAAGUCCAAGGGCGCAUCCCGACCUGAGUCUGUUGCAGAGAGUAUCAAGCCCGAGAGUCCAAAGGAUGACAUUUCUCUGCUAACCUCUAAAGAUGUAAAAGAUGAAUCUCAAAAGCCAGAAUCUCUUACCGCGAGUAAAAAAGCAGAAAGCCCAAAGGAUGACAAGUCUCUACCCCCCUCUAAAGAAGUAUCGCGAUCCGGUUCCGUUGUAGAAAGCCUUAAGCAUGAAUUAGAAAUCCCUGAAGCCGUGACGAGCGAAAAGUCAGGUGAGCAUUCCCGACGGCAAUCUGCUGUAAAGCCUGAGAGCUUUAAAGAUGAAAAGUCGCCAGUCCCUUCUAAGGAGCCAUCGGAGACGGCUUCGUCACCUAUUGACGAAGCACCUAAGGAGCCUUUAAUAUUAAACAUAUCAUCUGCUGAAAUUAAAGGAACUUAUCCUACACUAUCCAGUCCCGUCGAUGUUGCUGAGGGCGAGUUUUCACAUGCAAUUUCAGGUGGAAUUGAAGAAGACAAACCUGCUGAGCAGACUAAAGUUGCCGCGAUUCUUACGGCGUCUAGCCCGGUAGAUGAGGCAGUUGAUAUUUCGGAAUCACUUAAAACCGUUGAGGAACAUAUCAUUGAAGAUAAGCUGCAAUCAGUUAGUGAACUUUUAACCAAGAAGGUAGAAACAGUAAUUGAUACAGUCAGCGAGAAAGUUGAAAGCGCUAAAGAUUUCGUCGUAGAAUCCUUAGAGCAAAUAACCAAAGAAAGUUCAAAAUCUCUAACUGAACUUGAAUCUUUUAAAGAUUCCAAGAUCUCUGAGGUUUCCAAGACAGUAACUUCACUUGCCGAGACGGUUCAAACUAUUGCGGAUGAGAAAUCACAAGCAGUUGAACACAUUUCGGAUGUACUAUCUAAACAGUUAGGACAGACUGAUUCGGUUGUGGAAUCUAUUUCAGAUGUGCCAGAAGAUACGAGUGCGAAGGGAAGCCUAGACUUAAGUGGUUUCUCGGAGCUUCGAGAAACGCAUAUUACCACAGUUGAUUCCCCCGAAUUCACAGUUACAAUCUGUGAGCGUGAUGAGAGUGUACUUCAUGAUAUCAAAGAAGAAGACGAAGAACAUAGAUUCUCGCCACCAACUGAAAAAGGUUCAAUAACAAUGGAUCAACCAAUGCGUCCACUUUCACCACGUGAAGAAGAAGUCGCGAAGAUAGUCGCUGAUGUGGCCAAAGUUUUGAAGUCCGAUAAGGAUAUCACUGACAUCAUACCCGAUUUUGAUGAAAAACAGUUGGAAGAAAAACUAAAAACCACAACUGAAACUGAAACUGUACUUGAAAGCGUAGAUUCACACAAAAUGGGUACACCUGAAGCUACCUCGGGUAAGUUAACUCCCGGAAAGGAUUUGGCUAUGGAUGAAAAUAUAUUUGAAACGAAGAUAAUGAAAGUGGAUAUUGAAUCAGAGAAGUCUUCGCCUGAUCAAAAGUCUGGCCCGAUAUCAAUUGAGGAAAAGGAUAAAAUUGAGCAGUCCGAAAAGGCUCAAUUGCGCGAGGGGGCCGCAAAAGCAGCUGCCGUCGAACUAGCUAAGGAUAUUUCUCGGCCAGAGUCAGCCACCAGUCAGCUGGGCACCCUAGAAUCAUUACCAUCUCGCCCCGAGUCCGUAGCCAGUCAGAAAGACGAGACGAAGCUGGAACAGUCAACUGUGGUGCCCAAGGAUACAUCACGGCCCAUCUCUGUGGCCAGUUCGAAGGAAGCUGAACAAAAGGGUGAAAAGUCGCCAAUGUCACCAAAAGAUAUCUCACGGCACGAGUCAAUUGUAAGCCAGGUAAGCGAACAAGAUGCCAGCGCAAUUGGUUCAGACUCUAGACGCGAAUCUGUGUUGUCUGCUGCCAAGGAUGCACAGGAGGUUUCCCGCCCGGAAUCGGCUGAAAUUAAGGAGACAGAAGCUUCGCGACCAGCAUCAAGUGCCAGCCAGGUUAGUGCCAAGGAUGAGGAGACUUCCGACUCUCAACAUGGUUCGAUUCUGGUCUCGACAAUCGAGAGCAAAAUGGAAGAAAAAUCAAGCGAAUCCACAUCCACUUCCAAAUCAAUUACAAAUCAAACUCAUCUAAAAGAAGAGUCCAUAAGCGAGUCAUUGAGUAGCAGCUUAAAAGUGGAGGAUAGCUCGCGACGUGAAUCAUUAUCAAGCCUUCUAGCCGACAAGGAGGCUACCAAAUCAAGCAGCACCAGUGUCAAGGAGGAAACUGAACGUGUCACAAAAAUUGUGGAGAAAAUAACAACAUCACAAUUGGAGGAGUUGCUUACUCAAUCUGAAGAGUGCUCCUCGGAGUCGAUAGUUAGCGAGAUUCAAACGACGAGCAUCCCAAGUGCCAAGCACCAGAAGCCAAGUGAUCAAAGCACAAGCAAGGAUAUUACAAGCAGUACACAUAAGGAAUCGGUCAAAGACAGUCUCAAGGAGACAGUAGCCGAGUUCUUGGCUACAGAAAAAAUUGUUUCCGCUAAAGAAACCUUCAUAGCUGAGGCCACCAAAACUGCGGAAGAAUCUUUAAAGAAGGUGUCUAGUGUGAGCUCUUCUCAAAAAGCCUUGUUUGUCGGCACAGACGAGUCGCGGCGGGAAUCGCUGCUCAGCCACACAAGUGAGAGUCGACAAACGCACAGCGAUCCUGAAGAGGAUAGUGAUGACGAUGGACAUGCCAGUCUAAAAGAAGGUCGAUCCAAGUCCAUUGCCACCAUCAUGAUGACCAGCAUCUACAAGCCGUUCGAGGAGACCGAAACAAUUGCAACCGUUAAGGAGGAUGAGGAACAUGACGAACAUGAUCAGACAGACAUUGAGACAAAAACCACAACAUCUUCCACAACAGAAACAACCACUAAAAAGACAACACUACUGCAGUCGAGCGAGCAGAGCAGCAGCACCACAAAGAGCAGCUCGACCGACUCUAAAAUCAAAAUCGAAUCCAUCACACUAACACAGACAGAAACACAAGCUGAGCAAGCAAUGGAUGGCACAGACCGCAAGACACCGCCUACGGCACCAGUCAGCCCAAGCGUGAAGCCAGUGAACACCACAAGCACAGCUACAGGCACAGCCACAGGCACUGGCACAGCGCCUGGCAGUGGGUCCAGUUGUGUGAAGAGCGAGUCUAGUGCUGCUAGCAUUGCAUCGACAUCGGGUCCAUUGUCCCCCAAGGACAUCAGUGGUAAGUCAAGUCCGGGCGCCCUAACAUCGGAAAGUCAAUCCAUACCAACACCGUUCGGACGUGAAUCGCACACAGAGACGCCAGAGUCAUCGCCCAAGCCCACAUCGCCUUUCCCACGCGUCAGCAAGGACGAGCUCCAAUCUCUAGGUGUAACAGCGGAACCUGAUGAACACAUCGAGAUUGGCGCCGAUUCCAGCGAGUUUCUUCCAGAGCUGCAUGAGCUGCGGGGCAUUGAGAGCACUACAGGACUAAGUGACAGCACCGAAAAGAUUAUAACGACAACCAUAACCACUGUGACCAAGGUCAUCUCUGCCGAUGGCAAGGAGAUUGUGACUGAGCAAAAGACAGUUACCACAACAGACAGCUCAGAGCCGGACAGCGAGAAGGUAGUGGUUACUACAACCCGCACAACCAGCGAGAGCGAGAGAAGCGAACGCGAACGCGACCAGAUGCUGCCCAAAGAAGUGGCCAUGCUGCGUGGCAUUUACCGUUCUGGUACACCAGCGAGCGAUGAUGAGCGACUUGCUGGUGGCAUCAGUGAUGAUGAGUUGCCCGGCUCACCACGCAGCGCUAGCUAUGAUCUGCAGCGGUCCAGCUCUGGCAUUAGCAAGCGCUCUGAUCUAGAUGCCGAUGACAGUCAGGACGAUAUACCGCCGCAGUAUGGUAGCGAAGAGCAUUCAACAGCACGCGCCAUUCUGCCGCAACGCACUGCCGAUCCGAUGGCAACCUCGUUCUAUGGAGCGCUACCCGAUAGCUUCGAUGCGAAGCCCAGCACUGAACCGAUACCAAUUCGAGGCGCUGUGCUAAUGACCUAUACAGACUCGCCGCCAGCCAGUCAGUCAUCGGAGAGCGUGGAGAGCACCAGCCAAACCUGGGCCGGACACAAGUUCCUCGAUGAGGCAGACAAGGACUUCCAGAAGGCACUUGAGGAACAUGUGCAGGCGCGUGGCGCCGAAGUGAUGUCUUCCGUGACCGCCAAGUAUUCCUACUCGCCCUCCAAGGCCGAGGAGGUCGAACAAAUUGUCAGCAGCACUGCAGAGCGACAGCGCUUCCCUCUCAGCGAUGUCCAGAAGGUGCGCAGCGGCGAAAAUCUAUUGGCUAGCUUUAUCAGCUCAAGCCCAGCUAGCAGUACUGUACCCACAACUCUCACUGCAACAACAAUCGCAUCAGCUGCCACUGUAACUGCAACAGCAACAGCAACAGAUGCAACAGCAACAACAGCAACGACUGCAACAACAACAACUAGUGGCAGCACCAGCAGCACUAGCGGCACUCUGCCCAAGGAUCGCUUAGAGGAGUGGGGCAAACCACUCGGUCUACCAUCACCAGCACCAUUGCCGGUCGAGGGUGGCGAUAUUCGCACUACACCUAAGAAGGAGCGUCGCUUGGUGGCCACCAAGACGCGUCUUAAUAAUGAGAAGAAUUUGCGCAAACGUAGCGAGUCACCCAACAAAGCAAAGAAACCAGCACCGGUCUACGUAGAUCUGACCUAUGUGCCGCACAAUGGCAACUCCUACUAUGCUCAUGUUGACUUCUUCAAGCGUAUCCGUGCCCGCUAUUAUGUCUUCUCCGGUACCGAGCCCAGCCGUCAGGUCUACGAUGCUUUGCUGGAAGCCAAGCAAACCUGGGAGGACAAGGAGCUGGAGGUGACCAUCAUACCGACCUAUGAUACCGAUGUGCUGGGCUAUUGGGUGGCCGAGAAUGAGGAGCUGCUUGCCAAGCACCGCAUCGAUCUGUCGCCAUCGGCUUCACGCUGCACAAUUAACUUGCAGGAUCAUGAGACUUCGUGCUCCGCAUAUCGCUUGGAGUUCUAGGCCACGGGCUUGUUUAUUGCAUUUGACGAUGACGACUAAAAGCUACUGCAACCACUUUUUUUCAAAUCUCUUUCACCACACAGACAGCGGUUUGAGGUGGCCCCAUUGUGAACCUUAAGGGGCAACAACUACAACUAAAACAACAGCAACAGCAACAACAACAGCAACCAACACACAGAAAAACGACGACUUUCAAUUUUUGAGCUUAACUAUGACGACUUUCACAAAAUUUCAACACCUAAAAACACAACGAAAACGACACCAACAACUAAAAAGUGAAAACAAAGCUUGACACAAAAACGACAACAACAAAAUGCAAUACGCAAAAAAAAAACCGUGCGGUACAGAAACGCUAAACAAAGAGGGAGAAAAAAGGAACAAAGAGCUGAAUAUGGCGGAGUAACGGGUCACUUGAGUGACGCCAUUUUGUUUGCCAAUGCCGUCUAUUUGCGCUUUUUGCGAAUUUAUUUCAAAAUGCAGCAAGCAAGGUAAUUAAUCAAUAUAUGUUUUCAACAAAUUAAUUACUAAACAAUGCAAAAGAAAAUUACAAAAAAAAAAACUACCAAAGAAGCGCUACGUGCCACAAUACAAAAGAACACAAUUACCAAAAAAAUGUAUCGUAUAAAUAUAUAGUAUAUAUACGUAUUUGUUGCUUUAAUCAAAUGUCAAGCUACCUUGCAUAGUUAUCCAAAGAUCAAAAUUGUUUUCAAACCCGCAUAGCUAAAAUAUACAAAACGAAAACA